UGCGUGUUUCAAAAAGCAGACGAUGUAAACAAGUGGCAUCUUUCUAACAAUAGCGAACCAGACUUGAACAUGUGUUGAAAACUAGCAAUCGAUUUGAAAGACCUGCUAAUGAACUGACAUUUUAUGAUAAUUGUACUUACUAUUUUCUGACUGACAACUAUUAUGCCUCAAUUCUUAGGAAUUGAUUAUUUUCAACAUGCACAAGAAAAACAGUCUGUGUUUUUUAGUAUCUCAUUAUUGCCUAUUCCUCACCAUCUUGAAGAAGUUAGUUUCUAUCCUCACAAAGGCAUACCUUUAACACAUGAGAUACGGGAACCAUGGAAAGAAGGCUUCCUACCUCUAGAAUUAUAUUCUGACAUGAAUAUUAAUGGAGACAUUCAGAGAAAUUUAAAUUUUUUAAGAAAUGAUACUUUAAAUAAUCACCUGGAACAAUUAAAUUUCAGUACAGAGCCUUCAAUACAUGCUACUGAUAUAAUUUACAACUCCUGUAGUUCAACAAGUUCCAAUGAAAUCAUAUGUAUUCCACAAGUAUCUCCUUUUGAUUUAUGUGAAACACAAGAUCUUGAAAAAGAAGUUAUAAAAAGCCAGUUUGAGAUGAAAGCAUCAGUUAACAAAGAAUACCAAUUGUACUUAGAAGAAGUACUUUCCUGCACACCUUUCAAAGAAUAUCUUCUAAAUUUGCCUGGCAUCUCAACAUUUCUAAACCAUUUGUGGAUGAUUCCAAUAAUGGAUCCAUUAUUACUACCUGAGAGAAUGGAAUUUUCAGAAGAGCAAUUUUUUGAUCUCAAAUGUAAUUUUGAAACAUUUGUUUAUGAAGUAUCAGAAGAAGAAAUAAAAGAAACAUUCGAUUCCAUUUCCAGUGUUCGAGAAGAUAAUUCUAAUUACUUGGAAAUGAUAAUGACUCCAGUGUUGCACUCUGAACAUACAGAACAAAAUGAAUCAAUAUUUGAUCAAGUAAAAGACUUAUUCCCUUUGAAAGCAGAAGAAAUAAACUUUGAGAAUGAUGUUAUAGAAAAUCUACUAUUAAAAGACUUUAAUACUUUUGAAAAAUUUUCAACUUCACCUUGUACUGAAACUCAGCCUAUGCAACUGUUUUAUCCAGUGAACAGAUAA